UGAUUUUCACCACCAGUUUAAUCUGGUUUUGAGACGACUUAAUCCCACUUUUCUAAUAUGACAUGACAAAUACUAAUUUUUCUUAAAUUAUAAUGUAAAACUAUUUUACACAAUUAGUGCAAAUCUAUUAAACUUUAAAUAAUAUGUAUUUUUACGUUACGCUUAGUGACGUUUAAAGCUGGUGACGAAUUCCUACUCUAACUCCUAACAGAUGGCAACAUAGUCCACAACACAUAGCCACCUAUGAAAUCAUGCAUGUCUACGUGGAACCAAAACAACACUUCACGUAUUCAUGUUACACUUGUUCUGUUCCUCUUCUUAUAGUAACACAAACCCAACACAGAGAAUAUUAGAAACAAACACAAACACAAACACAGUCUCUCAAACAAUGGCAUCCACCGACAAGUCACCGAACCCAACACCAGCAAAGGGUAAAGAUCCAACACCCGGAGAACCAAUGACUAUGGAGCAACACUUUGUUGACAAGAGUGCAAUGAUGGUUCAGAGUUUCAAACCCAUAAACCAAAUGAGUCAACAUGUGUGUACUUUUGCUAUGUUUAGUCAUGACAUGUCUCGCCAGAUUGAAACUCAUCACUAUUGUUCUCGUCUCAGUAAUCAGUUUCUUCAGUGUGCUGUUUAUGAUUCUGAUGACCCUAAUAAAGGGCGUCUUAUAGGUGUUGAGUAUAUCAUUUCUGAUGAUGUUUUUGAAACUCUUCCUCCUGAGGAGCAGAAGCUUUGGCAUUCUCAUGCUUAUGAGAUUAAAUCAGGUUUGUGGGUGAAUCCUAGAAUUCCAGAGAUGAUUGGGAUGCCUGAGCUUGAAAGUCUUGCCAAGACUUAUGGAAAAUUCUGGUGUACAUGGCAAGUUGACCGAGGGGACAGGCUUCCACUAGGUGCACCAGCCCUAAUGAUGUCACCACAAGCGGUGAGUCCAGGAUUGGUAAGGCCAGAGCUGUUGCAUGAGAGGGAUUCCAAAUACAAUAUUUCCUCAGAGAGCCUUAAAAGCUCAAGGGUAGAGAUUCCAGAACCAGAAAUGAUCAGUCCAAUGGCUGAUUAUUGGAAGCAACAUGACAAAGGCUUUGUUAUUGACUUUGAAGAAACUGAGAUGAAAAAGAGGGCACCUUUUCCUUGAACAUAACAUAAUAGUUAUUUAUAUGUCAUAAUUAUAUUUAUAUAGUAUAUGCUUAUUUAUAGAUGAAUAAAGCAUAAAUAUGUCAAGUGUUUGAC